AUGGCACUGAAUGUGUACGACAAUGGAAACCACACUGACAACUUUAGCCGGAAGGAGUUGUUGAACUGGGUAAACACCAAGCUGGAUGGAACGUACGAUCGGAUUGAGGAUUUGUGCACGGGAGCGGCUUACUGUCAGUUCAUGGACAUUCUAUACCCUGGGGUGGUAAACCUGAAGCGUGUGCUUUUUGCUACCAAGCUGGAACACGAAUUUAUUCGGAAUUACAAGCUUCUGCAAACUGCCUUUAUGGGUCUUGGUAUAAACAAAGACAUUCCAGUAGAGCGUCUCGUUAAAGGUAAAUUUCAGGACAAUUACGAGUUCCUUGUUUGGUUUAAGAAAUUUUUUGAUGCUAACGAUGGCAACCGGAUAUACAAUGCAUCUGAGGCACGAUUCGGGCUUUCACUUGGUUCGGACUACAGCCGUCCUUGUACAGACAGAUCUGUCAGAGAGACCAAAUCACGAAACCGAUGUUGGAACAUUAAGCAAUCUGACCCCAGUGAAACCUCGCGAAUCGUACCACACUUCGAGAGUCCUAAUGGUUUGAACUCCGAGACAGAUAGUGUACCGACUUCCGCAAAUAUGGUCAACGUUCACAAUAAAACUAGACAGGGUCGAUUAACAGCAGUCUCUUCCUGCAGUAUAAGUCUCCAAAUCCCAGCUGAUAGCACGCGCUCAAAUUCAUUUAUCAAACCUCCUAGUGCUACAAUCAGUGAAAGAAUAUCUGACGUCGGUCGCUUGAUUAACGAUGACUCAAAAGUAAGCCAUGCGUCGUAUUCUUCGAUGGAGCAGAAACGAAGAACAGAAAUGGAGGAUCUUGUAAUGAUUGGUCUUCGAAUGGAGGAGUUAUAUAUGACAGUUAGGGCUGUGGAGAAAGAGAGAGACUUUUAUUAUGAUAAACUGUUGAACAUCGAGACCUGGUGUUCACAGCAAGAUGACAGUGUUCCACUAGAGAGUUUAGAGGCCAUCCUUUAUGCAGAAGAUAGCUUUGAGUUAUCCGAAGAGAAGGAUAAUGUGGCGAAUGGUUACGGAACAGGUGUACAUUGA